AUGAAAUUUGCUUUGGUGUUUUCCGCCAUCUUGGUUUUGGCAGCCGCCGAAACUUACAGUCCGGAUAACGACAACCUUGACAUUGAGAAGGUGGUAUCAGACAAUGCUGUUUUUCUGCAGUUCAUGAACUGCUUCAUAGACAAGGGCGAGUGCAAUGAAAUUACUUCGGACUUUAAGAAAGACAUCCCUGAAGCGUUAGAGCAAGCCUGUCUGAAGUGCACUGAACCCCAAAAGCACAUCUUCAAGAGGUUCCUCGAAGAAGCUAAAGUGAAGAUACCGCAAGAGUACGCAGUUUUCCUGAAGAAAUACGACCCUGAAAGCAAAUAUAUAGCGCCUCUGCAGACCGCCAUUGCUGGUUUUUAA